AUGAGCUGCCGGAAGCGCAGCUUCACCUUCGGGGCGUACGGCGGGGUGGACAAGUCCUUCACCCCUCGCCGGAGUGUGUGGAGGAGUGAUGGGCAGAACCAGCGCUUCCCUCAGGCACUAGACCUGCCGAGAGUGGACUCAGUCUCCUCACCCGCUGCUUCGCUCUACCCAAAGAACACAGAUCUGUUUGAGAUGAUUGAGAAGAUGCAGGGAAGCAGGAUGGAUGAACAGCGAUGCUCCUUCCCACCACCCCUCAAAACGGAGGAGGACUACAUUCCCUACCCAAGUGUCCAUGAGGUCCUGGGGCGAGAGGGGCCUUUCCCCCUCAUCCUGCUGCCCCAGUUUGGGGGCUACUGGAUUGAAGGCACCAACCACGACAUCACCAGCAUCCCCGAGACAGAGCCUCAGCAGUCCCCCACGGCCAAGGUGAAGCUGGAGUGCAACCCCACCGCCCGCAUCUACCGGAAGCACUUUCUCGGCAAGGAGCAUUUCAAUUACUACUCCCUGGACGCUGCCCUGGGCCACCUGGUCUUCUCACUCAAAUACGACGUCAUCGGGGACCAGGAGCACCUGCGGCUGCUGCUCAGGACCAAGUGCCGGACAUACCACGAUGUCAUCCCCAUCUCCUGCCUCACCGAGUUCCCCAACGUGGUCCAGAUGGCAAAGCUGGUGUGCGAAGAUGUGAAUGUGGAUCGAUUCUAUCCUGUGCUGUACCCCAAGGCUUCCCGGCUCAUCGUCACCUUUGACGAACACGUGAUCAGCAACAACUUCAAGUUUGGAGUCAUUUAUCAGAAGCUUGGGCAGACCUCCGAGGAGGAACUCUUCAGUACCAAUGAGGAAAGCCCUGCCUUCGUGGAGUUCCUCGAGUUUCUUGGCCAGAAGGUCAAGCUGCAGGACUUUAAGGGGUUCCGCGGAGGCCUGGACGUGACCCACGGACAGACGGGGACCGAGUCUGUGUACUGCAACUUCCGCAACAAGGAGAUCAUGUUCCACGUGUCCACCAAGCUGCCCUACACCGAAGGGGACGCCCAGCAGUUGCAGCGAAAGCGGCACAUCGGGAAUGACAUCGUCGCCGUGGUCUUCCAGGACGAGAACACGCCCUUCGUGCCGGACAUGAUCGCGUCCAACUUCCUGCACGCCUACGUGGUGGUGCAGGCCGAGGGCGGGGGCCCCGACGGCCCCCUCUAUAAGGUCUCCGUCACGGCCAGAGAUGACGUGCCCUUCUUUGGGCCCCCGCUGCCGGACCCUGCCGUGUUCCGGAAGGGGCCCGAGUUCCAGGAAUUUCUGCUGACAAAACUGAUCAAUGCGGAAUAUGCCUGCUACAAGGCAGAGAAGUUUGCCAAGCUGGAGGAGCGGACGCGCGCCGCCCUCCUGGAGACGCUGCACGAGGAGCUGCACGUGCACAGCCAGUCCAUGCUGGGCCUGGGCGGCGACGACGACAAGCUGGAGAACGGCGGCGGCGGCGGAGGCUUCUUCGAGUCUUUCAAGCGGGUCAUCCGGAGCCGCAGCCAGUCCAUGGACGCCAUGGGACUCAGCAACAAGAAACCCAACACCGUGUCCACCAGCCACAGCGGGAGCUUCACCCCCAACAACCCGGACCUGGCCAAGGCCGCGGGAAUAUCACUGAUCGUCCCCGGGAAGAGCCCCACGAGGAAGAAGUCAGGCCCGUUCGGCUCUCGCCGCAGCAGCGCCAUCGGCAUCGAGAACAUCCAGGAGGUGCAGGAGAAGAGGGAGAGCCCCCCGGCUGGCCAGAAGACCCCAGACAGCGGGCAUGUCUCCCAGGAGCCGAAGUCAGAGAACUCCUCCACUCAGAGCUCCCCCGAGAUGCCAACCACCAAGAACAGAGCGGAGACAGCAGCCCAGAGAGCCGAGGUGCUGAAGGACUUCUCCCGCUCCUCGUCCAGCGCCAGCAGCUUCGCCAGCGUGGUGGAGGAGACGGAGGGUGUGGACGGGGACGACACCGGCCUGGAGAGCAUCUCGUCCUCGGGGACUCCGCACAAGCGGGACUCCUUCAUCUACAGCACGUGGCUGGAGGACAGUGUCAGCACCACGAGUGGGGGCAGCUCCCCAGGCCCCUCGCGGUCGCCCCACCCAGAUGCCGGCAAGUCGGGGGACCCUGCGUGUCCGGAGAUCAAGAUCCAGCUGGAAGCGGCUGAGCAGCACACGUCCCAGCUGGGCUGUUAG